AUAAAUCUGGUACAGGCUCCUCUUCAAUUCCUCACCCUUCCUCUCUUUCUGUCUGUAUUGGUGCACAAUCUCUUCACACAGAGUCGCCCAUCUCUCAAUAUUCGUGUAUCUCUCUCUCUCUCUCUCUCUCUCUCUGCGCUGAAGAUCUGACACAAAUCCAACACAAAUCUUUCAAAAAUGUGGUCUUUCAAUCAAUUUAGGAUCUGGGUCUUGACCAUUUGCUUGGUAUUCCAAUCCGGGUAUGGGUUUUACCUUCCGGGUAGUUAUCCCCACAAGUAUGGUGUCGGUGACCAGUUGUCGGUGAAAGUGAAUUCUCUCACUUCCAUCGAUACCGAAAUGCCCUUUAGCUAUUACAGUUUGCCCUUCUGUAAGCCCGAAGGCGGUGUCAAGGACGUUGCUGAGAAUCUUGGCGAGCUCCUCAUGGGAGAUCGGAUUGAAAACUCUCCGUAUCAGUUUAAGAUGUACACCAACGAGUCUGAGAUCUUUUUGUGCAAGUCGGCUCCAUUGUCGGCGGACAAUUUUAAGAUCUUGAAGAAGAGAAUUGAUGAGAUGUACCAGGUAAAUUUGAUUCUCGAUAAUUUGCCGGCUAUUCGUUAUACGAAGAAGGAGGGUUUUUUUUUGCGGUGGACGGGCUACCCUGUUGGAGUUAAGCUUCAGGAUGAUUAUUAUAUAUUUAACCAUUUGAAGUUUAAUGUGCUUGUUCAUAAGUAUGAGGAGGCCAAUAUGGCGCGUGUAAUGGGGACUGGUGAUGCGGCUGAGGUGAUCCCGUCGGUUGGGAAGGGGGGAUCAGAUGUGCCUGGGUACAUGGUUGUUGGGUUUGAGGUUGUACCUUGCAGUGUUAUUCAUAAUGUUGAUUCGGUGAAGAAUUUGAAAAGUUAUGGAAAGUACCCAAAUCAGGUGAAAUGUGAUCCCAACACGGUGUCUAUGCCAAUCAAGGAAGGGCAGCCGCUUGUCUUCACGUACGAGGUUACGUUUGAGGAGAGUGACAUCAAGUGGCCAUCGCGAUGGGAUGCUUAUCUGAAGAUGGAGGGAUCGAAAGUCCAUUGGUUCUCGAUUUUGAAUUCUCUGAUGGUGAUUACUUUCCUUGCUGGCAUUGUGCUUGUCAUCUUCCUGAGGACUGUCAGGCGGGAUCUGACCCGUUAUGAGGAACUUGACAAGGAGGCUCAAGCACAGAUGAAUGAGGAAUUAUCUGGGUGGAAGCUUGUUGUGGGCGAUGUUUUCCGUGCCCCUACCAAUCCUGCCCUUCUGUGUAUCAUGGUCGGAAAUGGGGUUCAGAUUCUUGGAAUGGCUGUUGUGACCAUAUUGUUUGCAGCUCUUGGAUUCAUGUCACCUGCUUCACGUGGAACACUUAUUACAGGUAUGCUAUUUUUCUAUAUGAUACUUGGUAUUGCAGCCGGUUACGUUGCAGUUCGACUCUGGAGGACAAUUGGCUGUGGCGAUUACAAAGGAUGGGUUUCAGUCUCAUGGAAGGUUGCUUGUUUCUUCCCUGGUAUUGCCUUCUUGAUCCUUACCACUUUGAAUUUCCUUUUAUGGGGAAGUCACAGCACAGGAGCCAUUCCAUUCUCUCUUUUUGUUAUUCUGCUUCUCCUCUGGUUCUGUAUCUCGGUUCCCCUUACCUUAGUUGGUGGAUACUUUGGGGCAAAGGCACCUCAUAUUGAAUACCCUGUUCGAACGAACCAGAUUCCUCGGGAAAUCCCGGCUCAGAAAUACCCGUCUUGGUUGCUUGUUCUUGGAGCUGGCACGCUGCCUUUUGGUACCCUCUUCAUUGAGCUCUUCUUUAUCAUGUCUAGCAUUUGGAUGGGCCGUGUAUACUAUGUCUUUGGGUUCCUCUUUAUUGUUAUGAUCCUCCUCGUGGUGGUUUGUGCUGAGGUUUCUUUGGUUUUAACCUACAUGCAUCUCUGCGUGGAGGACUGGAAAUGGUGGUGGAAGUCAUUCUUUGCUUCUGGUUCCGUUGCCAUCUACAUCUUUUUGUACUCCGUAAACUAUCUUGUAUUUGACCUGAAGAGUUUGAGUGGACCUGUCUCUGCAACUCUUUACUUGGGAUAUUCACUCUUCAUGGUUCUAGCAAUCAUGCUGGCAACCGGCACAGUUGGGUUCCUUUCAUCAUUCUGGUUUGUGCAUUACCUGUUCUCUUCGGUGAAGCUGGAUUGAAGAACUUUCUGAGCUCAAAAGAUGGGGCACUUUGAAGAGCAUUGGUGGUGGAGACCAUUCAAGGGACAAAGAACUUUUCUAUGAUGUUUUACUUUUCUACAGUUUUAUUUUGCUAGGGAACUUAGAAAAUGUAUUAACAAUAUAAUAAUUCGUCCAGUUUUGCUUUAAAUUCUUUAUUAUAUGGAGAUCAUGGCAUGAUAGUUUGCUUGCACUCUGGCGGAUAUGUGGCAUUUGUAGUUGGUGUCAUGUCAGUAAGUAUGGGGUUCUAGUGUGUACUUUUUUGACUAAUCAGAUCUGUAUGGUUUGAAAUGCCAGUCACAAUUAUCUGCU